AUAUUGGUUGUGGCAUUUGUGCAAAACGCGCUCCAAUGGCUGUCCGCGCUGCCUCGCAUGUGAUACAAGCCCGUCCCGCCGUGGUGUUCCAUCGUCGCAACACCUUUGUGCCAUGCCUCGUGGAGGCACCUCAGCUGACGCUGUCGAGGGACGCGCCACAAUGGGAGAUGCCACACAACGUAUGGGCACCUGGCAGCCUCAACGGCGUCCGUGUCUCGGCGAUGCAGCCGCACACCUUGGCUGACCGCAUGGCCUAUCUGACGACACGGGCCAUACAAGAAGUCCUCGACUUGGCCUCUGGCUUCAAGUUUCGUCGAGAGAGCUCUUGGCUGAAGCGCCUGAAAUUGCUGGAGCUGGCGGCUGCUGUGCCGUUCAGCUUCAGUUCCUGGGCUUUAGCGCAGCAACCGCUCCUGCGCCAGACGCGCUUGGACCGUAGCUGGCUACAAGCCUUGUCGCAACAAUCCAACCAGGCCACGGCGCACCUCACCAUGGUAGCAGCGGCCGCCGGCACGUCGGCGGCGACUGAGCAGGCCCAGCAGUCCAAAACGUGGGUCUAUGCUUUCGCUUUGGGCUACUUGCUUUGGCCCCGCUUUGGCAAGUGGUGUGUCGACCAUUCCCAGGAAACUGGUCAAGUGGGAGCUGUGGACCUCGACCCCUCCAUGCACUUCUGGAAUGGAUUCCAACCGCCGGCCGAUGCAGAAGGGCGGAUGCGGAUGCCGCGGAGAUGCAGCGAGGAGGUGCUGAUCCGGGUCUACGCCGAGCUCUUGGAGGACAUGGAUCAGGGCCGAGUGCCUUCCCUCGGA